AUGAGCUUACUACGCCGGCCGUGGCUAUUAGCCAGGGGCCAUUGCAACUAUACCAAUCAAUGGGCUUCAUUUACCCAUACUCAUCGAAGACCGUUUUCAAGCUCGAAGAAACUCGGGCAAAUAUCAGCCCUGAAGGACCUCCUCAGAGUGUCUGAGGAGGUGACUGAUGCAUUGGCUACGAAUAAGCCCGUGGUAGCCCUGGAAUCGACUAUAUAUACCCAUGGCGCUCUAGGCGAUGACUUGGACUUAGAGGGUAUUGUUCGACGUAAUGGGGGUAUACCUGCUGUGGUUGGUAUCCUUGAAGGUGUGCCUACAGUUGGCCUCCUACCCCACGAGAUAGCUCGUAUCGUCGAGGGGUCGCCAAAGAAGGUAUCGCGACGGGAUAUUGCCUACCUGGUAGGCAUGGGCAUUGCCGGCAAUAAGAUCAAUGGAGGAACGACUAUUGCUGGUACCAUGAUUCUGGCAAGGCUCGCUGGCAUUCGAGUCUUUGGGACCGGUGGCCUUGGUGGCGUGCACCGCGGGGGACAUGUAUCAUUUGAUAUCUCUGCUGAUCUCACCGAGCUUGGCAGAACGAGGAUGGCCGUCAUUAGCAGUGGUUGCAAAGGAUUCCUAGAUAUUCCUAGGACUCUGGAGUACCUCGAAACUCAGGGCGUGCUUGUUUCAACAUUCUCAGACGGUCGAAACGGCGCGGUGGACUUCCCGGCAUUCUGGGCGAGAGAUAGUGGUAUCAAAAGCCCAUUUGUUGUGCAGGAUGAGAAACAGGCAGCAGCCAUGAUCUUAGCACAAGAGAAACUAGGAAUCGAGUCGGGAUUACUUUUUGCUAAUCCGAUACCUGAAGAAUUUUCUAUCCCUCGGGAUGAGAUGAACGCGGUUAUUGAACAGGCAGUCGACGAAUCGACAAAGCAGGGCGCUCUCGGCAAUGAAAAUACCCCCUUCAUUCUAAAGAGGAUCAGAGAACUUACUGGCGAAAGAAGCGUUUUAGCGAAUAAAGUCUUGGUGCGGAAAAAUGUAGAGCGCGCUACCAAGAUUGCUACCGAGCUUUCGCAGCUAAGCGCGGAUGGAACGGCUUCGUCUAACAAAUCGAAAAAGAAUCAAAACGAGUUUACUUCCUUUAGAAAGGAGAGCGAUGACAGUAGCAGAACGCAAACAAAAGUGGAGGUGAACUCUCAAGCCGAUAUAUUAGUUGCCGGCUCCGUGGCAGUAGACUUAAGCUGUGACUAUGUUGGAGAAGACUCGUUGGAGCAUCCUGCUCCUCACUUACACACGUCAAACCCAGCUCGCAUCGGCCAAUCCAUCGGCGGUGUUGGUCAUAACGUAGCCCUUGCGGCUCAUAGGGUUUUACAAGGUUCUAAUGUGAGACUUUGUAGUUUAAUUGGUAAUGAUUUGGCCGGGUCAACCAUAUUAUCAUCUCUGAAAGCAAGCGGUAUGGAUACGUCUUGCAUCAAGCAACUCAGUCGCGAGCAUUACCCAGCUAGUCGAACUGCUCAGUACGUAGCUGUCAAUGAUGCUAACAAGAACUUGGUUCUCGGCAUGGCGGAUAUGGGCAUUUUCACAGCCCAGUCAUUUUCGGAAUCCUGGAAUUCCACGGUAAAAGAAGCCAAACCCAAGUGGCUUGUAGUUGACGGGAAUUGGGCCGCGCAUGAUAUUCGGUCUUGGAUACAAGCCGGCAAACAGAACCAGGCUCGUGUGAUAUUCGAACCUGUAUCACAGGAGAAAUCUACGAGGCUGUUCUCGGGAGAAAAGAACCUUGAGAAUUUGGGUAUUUUCCCGAACCCAAGCGUUGAUUUAAUCACUCCCAACCAAUAUGAAUUAGCAGCUAUGCACGCAGCUGCGCAGCGCCACGAAUACUUUGACGACCCACGAUGGUGGGAAACAAUCGACGCUUUCAGCAUGAGAGGAGCUCGAGAUCGCUUUGUUAAGAUCACAUCUGCUGACAUGACGGAUGCCGGUAUUCCACAGCAAGUCAUACAGCUUCUCCCGUACAUCCCUACCAUCGUAACAAAACUAGGGAGUUUUGGCGCCUUGUUGACCAUGGUGCUCGGGAAGAAUGACCCUCGCCUAGUACACCCGGCGCAUGAACGGUUUAUUCUCUCGAGGAAUCUCAACGACCACCCGGAAAUCGGAGGUGUCUACAUGAGACUGUUCCCGGCGGCUGAAGAGGUGGAUGACAUCGUGUCUGUGAAUGGGGUCGGCGACACAUUCCUCGGAGUGUUGGUUGCGGGCUUAGCACUGGGCGGCAAGGUCGAGAACCUCAUUAACGUGGCUCAAAAAGGGGCGAUCUUAACACUUCGCAGCCCUCAGUCUGUUGAAUUGAGUCGCCAAAUCACAAUGUCUCGAAACCGCCCAAUAGAUAAAAUGGAGGACGAACAAUAUGAAUCGUCAUCCGACCAAGAGCAGUCCAACUUCGAUAGCGACGAAGAAAUUGAACAGCAGACCCGAAAAGCGCAAGUCAUCGAUAAGGACUCGGACGAAGAGGAGCUCGAACGAUUUGUUCUCGGAGAUAGUGCCAAUUUUCGCGAAAACUUGUUUUUGGAUGAGUCGAGAAUUGAUGGUGCAGACGACCGGGUUGGUAGACUCGGUGAUAAAGAAGGGAGUGACCUUGAGACAGGGUUAGAAGAUGUAGAUGAUGCGGACCUCUUUACCUUUGACGUAGGAGGUGCUGCCCCCAGCGGCGACAAGGCCGCUGUGGUCUCAUUAGCCCCGAAGCCCCAGGAAAUACCCGAGAAGGACCGUCCGGCUUGGGAAGACAGCGACGACGAAAGGCUAACUGUCUCGCUGGCGGACGUAUCCCAAUUGCGAAAGCUACGGAUCAGCGAAGCCGAGGACGUUAUUAACGGCACUGAAUAUACGAGAAGACUGAGGCAACAAUAUCUUCGAUUAAAUCCUCUUCCCGCAUGGGCGCGAGAGGCUGAAGAACGUCCGACAAAGCGUCGGCGACGAUCAUCUGCGGCAGCAAGUGACUCGAGCAUAUCCGACGACGAGGCGAAUGAAGGGGACGAUGAAGCCUCUGCACUACCCUUGGAUAAGUUCCUUCGGGAUGCCAGCGCAUUGAAAGAUAAAACGAGUCAGAGGAUCAAGAGGCUUCGCCCAGAAGUUAUUGACAUUCAACGAUCUCGAGAUAUACCCGACACGCACAAGGAUGAAGUUACAUCUCUUGCUUUCCACCCAAAAUAUCCCGUCCUAUUGUCGUCUAGCACAUCUUCUGUAUUGUUCCUACAUCACAUCGCGCCAACUGCUCACCCAACUCCCAAUCCUCUCUUGACAUCAGUACAGGUCAAACAGGUGCCCGUUCGGAGAGCCGAGUUCUUGUACCCCGCUGGAGAUAAAAUUUUCUUUGCUGGACGGCGACGAUAUAUCCACUCAUGGGACUUACCUACUGGCACUAUACAAAAAACCAAUAAAGUACAGGGUCAUCGGUUGGAACAAAGAACGUGGGAGCGUUUCAAGCUCAGCCCUUGUGGGCAAUACUUGGCACUGAUCGCUUCCACCCGGAAAGGUGGUGGUAUCAUCAAUAUUUUGAACGCCAAUACUAUGCAAUGGAUUGCUGCUGCUAGGCUUGACAGCAGAGGCGGCAUUGCCGAUUUCUCCUGGUGGAGUAACGGUCACGGGCUUACUAUCUUGGGUAGGGGUGGUCAGGUUGGAGAGUGGAGUAUGGCCACGAGGCGUUUCCUCGCCAUCUGGAAUGACGAAGGCUCCAACGGAGGAACGGUAAUGGCGAUGGGGGGCCGAGACGGUCCCAUAACUCUCGGCGGGGACCGGUGGAUAGCAAUAGGAUCCAACAGUGGCGUGAUGAACAUCUAUGAUCGACAGGCUUUGAUAUUACCCUCUUCGGACGAGGAGCUGGAAGUCAAAGAAAGACCCGAACCGACCCGAAGGUUCAUGCAGCUGACGACGCCCGUCACUGUUCUCACGUUCAGCCCCGACGGCCAACUGCUGGCAUUUGGCAGCAAGCACAAGAAGGAUGCGCUGCGGCUGGCACAUCUGCCAAGCUGCACGGUCUACAGGAACUGGCCGACGGAGCAGACACCCCUUGGUAGGAUUUCGGAUGUGGCAUUUGGUAGACAGAGUGACUUGCUGGCUGUGGGCAACGACGCUGGGAAAAUUAGAUUAUGGGAGAUUCGAAGCUAG